AUGAAUUCUCGUCAUGGUGAUAAUAGUCGUGAUUUAACAAGUCAUGGGUCUUUCAGAUUAUUUCAUUUCAAAUCUGAGAUUGCUAAAUGUUUGUUAAGAAAAUCAAAACUUCAACGAUUACCAUUGGCUACAGUUGAUUCAAUAUCAGAUGAUGAUGAAAAGAAUGAACCACCAACAAAAAAGAUUCGUGAAGUUUCCUCCAGUGUAACACAUGUUAUACGAUAUGAUGGGUCGAAUCAUUGGCCAACAUUUAUCUCUGCUAUUAAUACUACUCGAUGCAAGAAUGAAAAUUGCUCAAAAAAGACGUAUUGGAAACGUCCCAAAUGCUAUGUUCAUUUAUGUCUCAAUUCCAACAAGAAUUGUUUUACUCAAUACCAUUCUGGCAAAAAUUGA